CACGAGUAAUUGUCGAACAUCGUUCCUUGUUAUUGAUAAUUAAGCCCUCUUACACUUUCAGUCUGUUGUUAUCAUAGUCCAACACACUGCUGCCGUUUAUCAUCCAGUGCCCUGCUCACGAUGGCUUCUCUCGGUCGAGCAGAGAAACUUGGGCUGAGAUUGUCAGAUGAGUCGGAAGCAACUUUUGGGGAGACGCAAGAGUUUUUGCCAAGAGGAACCGAGAAUUCUCCGACGUCUUCUACUCGAUACCGACAUCGGAAAGGAUUUGGAUUCUUUUUUUGGGUAGCGACAUGCAUCAAUGCAAUACUAUUGCUGCUCUCUGCUAUUUGUGCCUUGUCUGCUAUCCAGUGGAAGAACACGAUUCAGAAAAAUCACGACAAUUCACUGCUGCGAUUGACCAGCUGGUACUCACCGGUUUUCGACCAGACCCAAAUAGACAUUGUCGAAAAGAGAGUUAAUGGCUCACUUUUGAACUUGGACAAUAGCAUAUUCAGGGCGCCACCAUCUCCAGAGGUCGACGCAGCUUGGGAGCGCAUCGGUAGCUUGAUGCCGCACGUGAUAAGUACGGAGGACGUUAUCAGACUCAGAAAAGACCCUUCAAAAACCGCAAGAUAUCCCGAAGAUUGGGGAUUAGGGCCUGAUGCCCACGUGGCUGAGCUGGAUAUUUUACACACGAUCCACUGUCUCAAUGCAAUACGACGAGACGUUCAUUGGCGCCAUUAUUUCGUUGACGAUUACCCGGACGGCAACUUACCAGAGCUUCAUCGCGUUCACACUGAUCACUGCAUUUACAUCGUAUUACAGAACCUGAUGUGUGGAGCAACUCCUGACCUCAUUACGCAGCCCUGGGUCGAUGGCCAGCUACAUCCCUUUCCCGACUUCAACAUCAACAAGAAGUGCAACGACUUCGAUUCAAUACUUGCAUGGCAUGAAGACACUAUGAUUACGGACUCGGCGCGAUUCGCUACGAUGCGCAUACCCUCGGGACAAACUCCCUUACCCAUGUCAGACGAGUUCCAUCGUAUGUUCGGAUUAGACUCUCAUAGCACAGGUGGCCAUGAUCAUGGAAAUCAUAAGCGGUUUGCGUAUUGACGGUAGCGUAUCGCGUAUUGACGGUACCGGAGGGGCUUGGAAUCUUCGUGUAUUACAGAAAAGAAUAUUGACAGGAAACUGUCUAUGAACCGUCCCUCACAGGACUCUGUAGGCUGUGAUAAGAAUGAUGCGAGAGUGCCAUGGUUUCAACUUUAAUGGUUCACACUAUGCUUCAAAGUACUAUCGGU